CGCGUCGAAUGGGACGUGAUUAGAAAAUUUCAGGCAAAAUGGCGUGCUUGAGAUUGAAGGUUUGUCAUUCCAUUCUAAUUUUUAGUAAUAUUAGAUAUUUUUAAUUGCUUAAAAUACAAUAAUGGUGGAGUUUUGAAUUCUGAAUAUCUCUAAGGAAUAUCUUAUCGAGAAACACAAUCAGCUACAAGAUCGAAUGGAGUGAUUUUUCAAAAUGUUAAACGUUCCAAAGUCAAAAUUGAUUUUCAUAUUUCCUCUUUUUUGUUUGGCUACAUUAUUGAUCGUGAUUUACCUCCGUCCUCUCGUGAUUACCUAUUCAAUAGCCUACACAAGACAAAUCAUUUCUGAGAUCUUAGUCGACGAGCAGAGACUACAACAAAAUGACUUUGAACUCGCUCAACAGGAAUGGAAGUUGUAUAAGCUUGAGAGCGCCUUUGGCCAACGUUACUGUCAAGAAAAAGGUAUCAAAUCGCAAAAAGAAUUUGCGUGGUUAACAGCCUUGGUGAACGACGACUUUGCAUUACCAGCUUUAGUGCUUGGGUAUUCAUUGCAAAAGUUCUCAUGCCAGAAAAACAUGAUUGCUUUCGUAUCUGAAGAUGUCACUUCUCAAACCAGGGAAGCACUUAGAAAAGUUGGAUGGGAAGUGCAGCAGCAUGAACGGUUGGACUGUGAUUGGCUACAGAGGAAGCUAGGAAAGAAAGAAACCCAUGAAGGCUAUAUUGGGACACAUACCAGGUUCCAUGCGUGGGGAUUUACACAAUUUUCAAAAAUUGUUUACCUGGAUCCAGACUACAUGCCAAUGACAAACAUUGAUGAGUUAUUUGAUGUGGAUUCUGAAUUCGCAGCUUCUGUCUGCUCUCGGCCAGGAGUUCUGGACCCAUGUUUCAAUGCAGGGAUGUUGGUAUUUCGUCCAGAAAAUAGAUCAAAAAAGGAAAUCAUGGAUUUAUGGUUUGGCACUGGGAAAUACCAUUGCGCUAAUGAUCAAGUUUUGCUCUGGCAUUAUUACGCUGAUAAAGGUCUUUAUACUGCCCUGCCAUAUGCCUAUAAUGUCAGGCGAAUCAUCUAUCGUCCAAUGAAAGCAUUUCACUUUGCAUGUUGCGUUCCACCUAAACCUUGGUCCGCGACUUGUCGUCCAAGCAGGAAUGAAGCUAAAGCGUUUGAUAAACCAAUCACAGAAGUUGACCAUAUGGCUAUUUUGUUUUGGAAAAACUUGUAUGAAGUUUUAGAGAAAUAUGACUUGGAAAAAUGGUGGAAAGAAUCAUGGUUUUCAAGACAGAAACAAGAAUAUGGAAACAGAACAUAUAAAAGAUGCUGGGAAGAUUCAUUGUAUUAUUACCGUGAUGAGAACUUGUAGGUCAUUUAACCAUAGCACCUUGGCUAUUUUUUAGCAGAAUUUACAACAA